UCACCUGGUCCCAGGUGAGACCCCAGGGAGCUCCCGACUACGCUCCGGGAUCUGUGCACCCUUGCAGUCGCAGCCAUGAGUAAGUUGGGCAAGUUUUUUAAAGGGAGUCGCUCGUCUAAGAGCAGAGCCGCUCCCAGCCCCCAAGAGGCCCUGAUGAGACUUCGGGAGACCGAGGAGAUGCUGAGCAAGAAGCAAGAGUACCUGGAAAAUCGGAUCCAGAGAGAGCUCAGCCUGGCCAAAAAGCACGGUUCCCAAAAUAAGAGAGCUGCAUUACAGGCACUCAAGAGAAAGAAGAGGCUUGAGAAGCAGCUCACUCAGAUUGAUGGCACACUCUCCACCAUUGAGUUCCAGAGAGAAGCCCUGGAAAACUCACACACCAACACUGAGGUGCUAAGGAAUAUGGGCUUGGCGGCCAAAGCCAUGAAAUCAAUUCACGAGAACAUGGAUCUGAACAAAAUAGAUGAUUUGAUGCAAGAGAUUACAGAACAACAGGAUAUUGCCCAAGAAAUCUCAGAGGCAUUUUCUCAGCGGACUGGAUUCGGUGAUGAAUUUGAUGAGGAUGAGUUGAUGGCAGAACUCGAGGAACUGGAGCAGGAGGAAUUAAAUAAGAAGAUGACAAGUAUGCGACUUCCAAAGGUGCCUUCCUCCUCCCUCCCAGCACAGCCAGCUAGAACACCAACCAUGGCCUCUGCACACCAGCCCCGAGCAGCCUCUUCCCGGAGGAGGGCAGAAGAUGACGACGAUGAUAUCAAACAUUUGGCAGCUUGGGCUACUUAA